AUGCAGGAGGUGACGAUCCGGCGGCGGCCGCCCCACGGGAUUGAGGCGCAGAACUGCGGGCCCGUCGACUUCAAACGCGCCGAGGAGAACCAGCCGCGCAACAUCCUGGAGGAGAUUGUGUGGCACAAGGGGGUGGAGAUUGCCCGCUGGAGGGAGAGGGUUCCGCUGGGCAUGGUGAUGACGGCGGCCAAGGCCAGCCCGGCGCCACGUGACUUCAUUGGCGCCAUCCAGGCUGCAGCAGAGCGCACCGCUAAGCCAGGCCUGAUCGCAGAGGUAAAGAAGGCUUCGCCCAGCAUUGGCGUCAUCCAGCCCGACUUCGACCCUGUGGAUUAUGCAUGUCGUGUGCAGAUUGCCCAGGCGUACGAGCGUGGAGGCGCAGCUUGCUUGUCAGUGUUGACGGACAAGAAGUUCUUUCAGGGAGGCUUCGAGAACCUGACCCUGAUCCGGCAAGCAGGCGUGCAGUGCCCUUUGCUGUGCAAGGAAUUUAUUGUUGAGGCCUACCAGGUGUUCAAGGCGCGGGCCAGUGGCGCUGAUGCCGUUCUGCUGAUUGCCGCGGUGCUGCCCAACAGCGAUAUGAACUAUCUGAUUAAGGCGGCGCGGUCGGUGGGGUUGCAGUGCUUGAUAGAGGUGCACACCGUGGCCGAGCUGGAGCGCAUGCUGCUGCUGAACAACUUGGAAGGGUGCAUGCUGGGCAUCAACAACCGCGACUUGCAGACAUUCAAGGUGGACCUUGGAAACACCAAGCAAAUCAUGGAGUCGGCAGCUGGCCAAGAGGUGCUCAAGCGGGGGAUCAUAAUGGCGGGCGAGAGUGGCAUCUUCACGCCAGAUGACGUGGCGUUUGUACAGUCAGCUGGCUGCGGCGCCAUCCUUGUGGGCGAAAGCAUCGUGAAGCAGGGAGACCCAGAGGCGGCCGUCAGGACACUCCUGGAGCAGUAG